UUGAGUUCGCAAUGAUUUACUGCCCAGCGUUGUUGGCCCUUGUCGGCGACUUUAGCGCUUUACGUUCGGGUGUAUGUGGAUAUAUUUACUGUGUACGUGUGAGUGUGUAUAGGAAAGCUCUAAAAUACAUAUCUCACACCAUUUGAGCACUGGAGGUGAAAAGGUGAACAUUAUUGGAAAGUUUGUUCGAUGGAGAAAGUUAGUUGAUAUGUCUAUUGCGGAAGCAGAUUCGAACGAAAGUUACUAGGAAGUGGAAUAUCUAGAGUGAAACAUAAUUUGUAACAUUGUAAUAAUUACAAACCUUUUGAAAUUAUUUGGAAUAAAAAUAGUAACAAACAUGCUUGCCACACUUUUCAGAAACACUUUUGAAACAGGUUAGAAACUAUGCUAGAAGCAAAAUGAAUGUAAAUCAAAAGAUUUAACCGAAUAUAAAUAGUACUCUGCUUGUUGUAUAUCUGUGAAAAAGAAAAGAGAGCGAAAAUGUGCUGACUUUGUGAUGCAAAGUCAAUAAUUAAAAAUAAUCAAUAUGUUUCCGAUGCGUCACUGGUUAAUUGCACUGACGCCAUCCAAUAUUUUCUAACCCAUCAAUCAUCCACCUUUCCCCUUUGCUGUACUCAAGCUAACAUUCUGUAAUUAAUUUGUGAAGUUCAUUUCAUGACAGUGGCGCUGUGGCUGGACAUCACCUCUUUACCUCUCAGUUGUAACUAGGCAUCUCAACUGGUGAGAUUAAAGCAUAACAUGUUGACUAUUGUUGUAGCUACAUCCAUCUGCCUGAUGGCAACUGUUAGUGCAAACGUUCCAAAUUCUCUGUCCCCGGAGCUACUGCAGCAAAUGGGGCAAUUUCGUUCCGAGUGUCUGCGCGAAACCGGAACCACCGACGAGCAAAUUGAACAAUUCAAUAGUCCACAAUCGGUGCAGGCAUCGCACGAACUGCAAUGCUACAUGUACUGUAUGUUCCGCCUGCACAACGUUACCCGUCCGAACGGCGAGCUCGAUCUGAUCGAUGUUUACCACGCCAUACCGAAGCAGUUCAACUCGAUCGCGCUGAAAGUGCUCGCCAAAUGCAACAAAUCGACCGGGCCGAUUGCAGAUGCGUGCGAACGUGCCUAUUCACAUCAUCGAUGCUGGAAGGAAACGGAACCGGAACACUAUCACCUAUUUUGAUGCCGAUUCUCGCCAAACAACUAACUACACAUACACAUACACAUGGUUGCAACUGCUUCGGAAGCAAGAGUUAUCGAAAACUUUUAAGGAGUGCACUGUUCUAUACCCUUACCGGGUGCAAUUUUCUGUGCAUCUCAAAUUUGGUCGUACCGUGCGGAAGUUUGCCGUGUCGGAAAUAAGCUAUACCGGGGCAGGACAGGUCGGUGUAAUGUCCAAGCGAGGGCCGCUUCAAACUCUUAAUUGACAAAGUAUCGUGAUAAAAUGUAGACCAAAUUAGUGCUCGCACUGGAGUGGCCUUGGUUUCACUCAACUAAGCAGGGUUGAAUGCAGAGCAAAGGAUUGAACUUUCUGUAGUUGAACUUUCUGGUUCGUAUUUGGCAAAGUUUAUGUAUAGUUAUCUGUGUUUCAUGAUGUUGCCUUGCGGUUUUAAUGCAGUUUGUCUGCUACCAUCGUUUUUUCAGCUUGUCAUUACUGUGUCCAUUCCAGCUGAAAUCGAAAUACCAGUUACCUUUAUAAGUAAUGUUAUUAAAAUCUGAACUAUAACAAAAUAAACAACAUAAACAAUUU